AUGUUAACAGUACGAAUGAAAAACUAUUUUAAUUAUGCUCUUUUAUUUUUUACUCUAUUAUUUAUAUAUAUUUAUAAUUUUCAUUAUACUAAUUAUGUGACAAAUGUUGAAAUACAUAAAAUUGAAGAAGAUUUAUUAAAAUUAAAAGAAAAUGCUAAUUUACAAAUUAAUAGAUUAAGAGAAGAAGUAAAACAUGACAAAGAAUUAAUUAAUCUUUAUAAAGAUAAAAUAUUAGAGUUAGAAAUGAAAGUUAAACAAAAAGAUAAUGUUAUUUAUGAAAAUAAUAUAGUUAAACCAAUGAUAAAUAAAUUUGAAGAAAAUAAAUCAAAAUCAAUAUCAUUAGAAAAUAAAAUUAAUGAUGAACAAAAAGUAUUAAAAGAACCAAUUAUUGCUAAUGAAUUUUCAUCUAUUAGAAGUUUUACAAAAUCUUGCCGAAUGAAUAUAAAAAAUCUUUUUUCUAAAAAUAAUACUGAUGUACAAAUGUUGAAUGCUUAUGAAACAAUACCAUUUUUAAAUAUUGAUGGAGGUGCUUGGAAACAAGGAUGGGAUAUAAAAUAUGAUAAGAAAGAAAUUUUAUCAGAACCUAGAUUAAAGGUUUUUGUUGUACCACAUAGUCAUCAAGAUCCAGGAUGGUUAAGAACAUUUGAAAAUUAUUUUGAUGAACAAGUUGAUUAUAUUUUAAGUGCAAUAACAGAUUUUAUAACUAAAAAUAGUGAUAUGAGAUUUAUUUAUGCUGAGAUGUCAUUUUUAGAAAAAUAUUGGGACAAAAAAAAUAGUACUGAGAGAGAAAAAAUUAAACAAUUAGUUAAAGAUGAUAAGAUAGAAAUAGUUACUGGAGGAUGGGUUAUGACUGAUGAAGCAAAUUCUCAUUACUUUGCCCAAAUAAUGCAAUUAAUUGAAGGUCACGAAUUUUUAAAAAAUCAAUUUGAUAAUUAUAAACCUAAAAAUCAUUGGUCAAUAGAUCCUUUUGGAUUAUCUCCAACUAUGGCUUAUCUUUUAAAAAAGAGUAAUUUAACAAAUAUGAUCAUACAAAGAGUUCAUUAUGAAGUUAAAAAAUAUCUUGCUGAAAAAAGGCAAUUAGAAUUUAAUUGGAGACAAUUAUGGGAUAAUAAUGAAGGAAAGACAGAUAUAUUUACAUCCAUGUUUCCAUUUUUUUCUUAUGAUAUACCUCAUACAUGUGGUCCUGAUCCUUCUAUUUGUUGUCAAUUUGAUUUUUAUAGAAUGGUUAAAUAUGGUUGUGAUUGGAAAAUUAAUCCUGUAAAAAUUAUUAGUAAAAAUCUUAAAGAACGAGCUCAACUUUUAACUGAUCAGUAUAGAAAAAAAUCAAGAUUAUUUAAAUAUAAUACUCUUCUUGUUCCACUUGGAGAUGAUUUUAGAUAUGAGACAAAAGAAGAAGUUUCAAUACAAUAUGAAAAUUAUAAAAAACUUUUUGAUUAUAUUAAUAGUCCAGAAGGUCUUCAAGAAUUUAAUAUGGAAGUUAAAUUUGGUACAUUAAAAGAUUAUUUUGAUGAGGUAAAUAAAAAAUUAACUAAAGAAACAACAACAACUUUAACGGGUGAUUUUUUUACUUAUGCUGAUCAUGAUGAUCAUUAUUGGUCUGGAUAUUAUACUUCAAGACCAUUCUAUAAAAAAUUUGAUCGACUAGUCCAACAAUAUCUUAGAGGAGCAGAUAUGAUAUAUAGUACUAGUAUAAUGAAAUAUUCAAAAGAUAUUAAUUUAUUAGAAAGUUACAAAAAUAAAGUAAAUUAUAAUUUAUUGGUUGAGGGACGUCGUCAUAUGUCACUUUUUCAACAUCAUGAUGGAAUAACAGGAACAGCAAAAAGUUUUGUUGUAGAAGAUUAUAGUGAAAAAAUGUUAAAAGCAAUUGAAAAUUUUUUUAUAGUUAUUCAAAAAAGUAUAGAAUUUUACCUUGAAAAUAAUAAAAAUAAUAAAGAAGAUUUUGAUGGAAGAGAAAAUACUAAAAAUGAUGAAGCUAUCAAACUGACAGUUAAUGAAUUUUUAGAAUCAUCUGAUUCAUUACCAUCUACCUAUGUACUUAAUCAAGAUACUACUAUUAUUCUAUAUAAUCCACUUUCUAGAGAAAUUGAAGAUAUUUUUUGUUUAAAAAUUGAUAGUUAUGAAAUGAGAAUUAAAAAUAUUGAUGAAAAUGAUCAAGAAAUAAGACCAAUUAUUGAAAUAUUAGAUAAACAUUUUACUUUUAGUUAUAAUUCAAAAAAUCAAAAUAGAAAAAGAAAUUUUUAUGAAUUAUGUUUUAAGGCUAAUAUUGGACCACUUAGUAUAAAAAUUUUUGAUUUAAUUAAAAAAAGAUUACCUAAAGAAUGUUUUGCUAAAAUUAAUGGUUCUGAUAUAAAUAUUAAAACAUUAGAUAUAUAUGGAAAUUAUUUAAAUGAUGAGGAAGAUAAUUAUAUUUUUGAUGUUAAUAGAGUUACAAAAAAUAAUGAAAAAUUUGUUACUCUUAAAUUUGAUUCAAUAUCCAUAUCAAUUAAUGCUAAAACUGGUUUCUUAUCACAUAUAAAUAAUGAGGUUGUUGAAAUGUCAUUCUCUAAGUAUGGUGUUCGUUCUCCAGUAAAAUCUAAACCUGGUGGUGAAAUUGUCUCUGGUGCAUAUUUAUUUUUACCUGAUGGUCCAUCAACAAUGAUAAGUUCUGAUGACAAUAGUUAUAUAAUUUUAGAUGGAAAAUUAAAAAAAACAGUUAUUAUUAAAGGAAAUCAAAAAACACUUUCAUCUCAUAAAAUAGAAAUAAUUAAAGAUAAACUUUAUGUAUCUAUAGAAAAUGAAAUAGGACUUAUGGAAUUAUUUGACUUUGAAAUGACAAUGAAUAUCAAUAGUGAAAUUGAUAGUAAAGAUAUCUUUUUUACUGAUUUAAAUGGAUAUCAAAUAAUUAGAAGAAAAAGAUUUGAUAAAAAAAUACCAAUACAAGGAAACUUUUAUCCUAUGCCUAGUACUAUAUAUAUAGAAGAUUCAACAAAAAAAGGUAAAAGAUUAUCUUUGAUAAGUAAUCAACCAUUAGGAUGUUCAUCAUUAGCUUCUGGAAAAAUGGAAGUUAUUCUUGAUAGAAGAUUAACACAAGAUGACAGUAGAGGAUUAGCUGCGGGUGUUUUAGAUAAUGUUAAAACAAAAAGUAAUUUUAGAAUAAUUUUAGAAGAUUUAGAAAAAGAAGAACCGUCUGGUGAUUUCCCAACAAGUUUUUUAUCAAAAGUUUCUCAAUUAACACAUCAACAAAUGCACUAUCAACCAAUAAUGUUAUUUUCAAAUACUUUACUCAAUUUUAAUAAUAAAGAAGUUAUUUCAAAAAUGUUUUCUCCUCUUAAAGAAUCCCUUCCAUGUGAUUAUCAUAUUGUUGGUAUGAGAGCAGAAACAAAAAAGUGUGACUAUGAUAUGAAAAAAGAUGGAGAAGUAGUAUAUGAUUCUGAAAAUAGUAUUGGACUUAUUCUUCAAAGAUAUGCUUUUGAUUGUUCUUUAGUAUAUCAAAAAAAUCAUAAUGAAGACAAGUGCUUUGAAUCUGAAGGUGAACUUAAUCUUAGAGAAAAAAUUAAUUUAGAUUCAGGAAAAAUAUUUAAUAGUUCACUUACAAUGAUGUAUGUAAAUGAAGAAGAGGAAGUAUAUAAAAUAAAAUUAACUCCAAUGGAAAUCAACACAUUUAAAAUUAAAUUUUAA